AAUUUGAUAUAAUGAUAAUGGUGAAUUGAGAAGAAAUGAAAAUGAUUAAUUAAAAUUUUUUACGUUCUUUUGAAACUAUUAAGAUUUGUAUGAUUUUAAUGUGCUUCUAUCGUGAUGGACGAACAUCAAUACGCGACAUUUUCUCCAAAUAAAGCAUACAAGAAAAAAUGCAAGUCGCAUGUACAGUGUUCAGUUUACGGUUGUACGAACAGAUCAAAUUUCGGUUUGUACAAAUUGCCAAGCAAAAAUGAAAAUGAUCGUAGAAAGCAAUGGAUUCAUUUGUUACGGAUGGAAAAAGUUGUCAAAAAUGCGGUAGUUUGUGGACAACAUUUCAAAGAUGAUGAUUUCAAACCUUCGGUGAAAGGAAAAGGUAAAAUUAAACGUCUGAAGAAAUCUGCAGUGCCUUCUCAAUAUUUACCAAAAUCUGUUAUACACAAAAGCCCACCUGAUGCUAAAAAAACUGCGAUUGCAAAUCGAGAACUUCGAGCAAAAAAACGUUUAGCACUGGAUAAUUGUGUUUCUUAGAAUGCCAAGAAUAGUUCCAUUUACAAACAGGACAAGACAAUUCCAAAGUGGAAAAAUUGGGACGAAGAGAGAAUGACACGUGCUAUUGGGGAUACGAAAUCAAAGAGGUGUGGUUUUAAGCUAGCAGUCAAAAAAUACAACAUUCCAGCAACAACUUUGAAACACCUAAAAAUCAAUGUUUGUUUCAUCUAUUCGAAGUUUAUAAACUUGUUUAAAUAUAUCAUCGUUAUCAGCAAAAGUUUAUUCAACAACGUCCGGUGU